AUGCCUUCUAUUGGUCCAGACUCAUCAGCCAUGGAAAUAGAGAUGAACGAAGAUCAUUACAACAACUGGCCCAAUGAUAAAGGGUUCGAUCCCGAAUACGAACAGCGUGAGCCCGUCGAGCUCUCGGUAACAGGACAGAUUCCUGCCUACGCUGCUGGAGUCUUGUACCGGACAGGUCCAGGAAAGAGCAAAGUUGAAGCUGAGAAUGGAGAGAUACUACGGCUCUCCCACUGGUUCGAUGGAUUCGGUCAAACCCAUCGUUUCCAGAUCAUUGCUCCGGACUCCCAUACUGCACCCCAGGUUUUCUACAACUCUCGCUUCUCAACCGACGACCUGAUCGAAGAAGCUAGAAAGACGGGAUCUCUGGAUAUGAUCAACUUCGGACAGAAACGCGAUCCUUGUAAGAGCAUUCUAGGCAAAGUCCAGACUGAAUAUGCUCCGCAACCCACUCCGUCGAGUAUGAACAUAUCUGUCACCCUUUCGAUCAACGUCCCGGGCCUCGAUACCCAGCCCGAAGAGUCGACUUCACGCUGGAGUGAUUCACAGGGAAUUCGAACUCUCUAUGCAAAGACCGACUACAAUGCCUUCAAGAAGCUUGACCCGGAAACCCUGGAACCAAUCGGCCUCGCCACCCAGACCGAUCUGCAUCCGGAACUUUCGGGGCAACUCUCUGCAUCUCAUGCUCGAUCUGAUCCAAUCACGGGAGACAUGUUCAAUUAUAAUCUCACCCUGGGACCAACCUGUACAUACCGUGUUUUCAGGGUCUCGGCUUCGACGGGGAAAACGACAAUCCUAGCAACCUUCCCCGCAACACCAGCUUAUCUUCACUCCCUUCUCAUCACCGAGGACCAUGUUUUGCUGUGUGUGUGGAACGCGCACUUAAAUCCACAGGAGUUUGACUCCUCGUUCAUGGAUUCAAUCCUGCCAACAGACCCAAGUCAGCCGGCAGUGUGGUAUGUCAUUGACCGUAAGCACGGCAAGGGAUUAAUCGCGACAUACGAAAGCCCUGCAUUCUUUUGCUUCCACACGGUCAACGCAUGGGUCGAACCCUCAAAGGAAAAUCCCGAUGAAAUAGACAUUGUUGCAGAUGUUGUCAGAAGCGAUAGCUCUGAAGUUCUACAAUCCGUCUAUUACGAGAACUUGAUAUCUUCGCUGGAUACAGCCAAGGCCUACCAACAGAAGAGAAACAAUUCUUUCCGAUCAACUUUUACCCGGUUCCGCCUACCUGCGGUGCCUUCCACUCCAUGCACCGAUCCCAAGAAAGUAACAGUCGAGUGGUCCGUUUGCAAAUCAUUGUCGCCUGAGCUGCCGACUUUGAAUCCGAAAAUAGUCACUCAAAAACACCGAUAUGUCUACGCUGUGACUUUCCGUGGAAAGGCAACUCUGACAGAUGGAAUCACGAAGCUCGAUUGUGAUACCCAGCAAGUUCAGCUCUGGGCAUGCCACGGGCAAUCGCCCGGUGAGCCCAUUUUCGUCGCUAACCCCGAGGGCACUAGUGAGGAUGAUGGUGUACUUCUUAGCGUGGUGCUCGACGGGAUGCGUGGUAAGAGUUAUUUGCUCUGCCUUGAUGCUCGUAACUUGUCGGAGCUUGGUCGAGCAAAUGUUGAUGGGGCUGUUGGGUUUGGAUUCCAUGGACAGCAUGUUCCGACUCUGGGUGGAAUUCCUACUGGUGACUACUAA